GUUUGUUGUUUGAAGUUCCCCGACCCUCCAGGCCUCAACGUUCCAAUUCGAUCUGACUGGGCUACCGUGCCAUUUUCAUGCCCGUCGAGGAUGUAAAUGCUACCCUUCAACAACCUUUGACCGACUUGAGCGGGGUCCCUGUCGUGAAUGUCAUCUCCCCCACACCGCUCAAGAGUGAUAUUCGCAACCGCGAGGCCAACAUCUCGACACCAACACUGAGAGGGGAUUCCCGUACUCUUAAGCCCCCUCACACGUCUUUUCGGGUGCUAUAUCGUGGCUCAUUGUGUUUCUUGAAUGGAGAAACCAACAUUUCCCUUGAAGGUGAUUGCGAACAAUAACCUUCAUGAACAAACUUCACGCCCACAAACCUUCGCUAGGAAUAUGCUUUGUUGCCUGUUUCCCCCUGGCUCCAACUUCUUCUCUCAUGACCUCCCGUCUGGCUCUUGCCCUCGAAUCACAAAGGGGACGACCAACCCUGAACAUUAACUCGGUGGUGCCAUUCUCAUCUGUUGAGAGCCGACUCGACAUCUCGAUUGAUGUGCAUGUGCAUAUACAUCCUCAGUCCCUGCUGGCGCUGGCUUACUUUGAAAGUAUAUUCUGCACCGAAACACUCUCUCGUCGGGAUAGUCGCGCUUCAUAUUGUGUCCAGAUAAGAUUGGAUGAUAUAGGAGACGAGAGCGAUGGUAUCGUCAUAUACGCAGAGCUGGACACUCAAGAAUUGAAUGGUGUAAACAAUGAUACCCCUCGCAUACUUCAUAUCCGUGCCGCACGGCUCAACCCAAUAUCUUCUACAAGUGACCAAAUAAAACGAAAACCACGACCCGAUGACCCCCUUCCACGCAAUCCCCUGUUAUCUGCUGCUACACUCUCCAAGUCAGAUUCUUUCACUAAGCGACGAAGAGAAAUGUCCGCUUCAUCUAUCUCUGUGGUGAGCUCGGACCGUGCUAAAAAGUUGGCUCGGACCGAAAGCACCAACUCCGUGAGGAAUAGUAUUUUCUUGGAACCUUCCGUCCCAUCCAAAGUGAAGGUGUCAGGAACACUCUCACGGACUAAGUCUUUCCAGCCAUCAGGGGAUGGCGCGAGGGAAUGGCCUGGUGGAAAUGCAAUGAAAGUCCCCAAACCACGAAAGCCUUCUAUUCAGGGCCGGCUUCACCCGGAUCUUUAUGGGGAAGAGGAUGAUGUCUUUGGCACAAUGGACGCCCUUCGAGCGCCCAGUGGUCUUAGAGACAUGUCGCCUCCAGAUCGCAAGCCUUCUGAUGGUAAACCAUCCCUUACAGUCACGCCAGGAGAAGAGACCCUAGUCAGAAUCAAUAAAGAGACAAUAAAGAAGGCUGUCGUCUCAGGUAUGAGCAGUAUGGGAGUCACGAAGACACACCUCGACUUCAAAGAAAUAUAUCAGUGUGUGACUAGGGGGAUUGUACUAGCUUUUCGACACAAAAUGCAAACUCAGCGGGUCGAGCGAGAAGAGGUUCGACCAUAUGUUGCCAAACACCUAGAGAUGUACAUCAUACACGACGUAAUACAAGACACGAAAUGACAAGAAAUAGAAUAAGUGGGCCAGACAGCGAACAAUCACAAAUUCGUCUUGUCCAGGAUAGUACCAGGAUUCUCAUAAUCGGCUACCGUCCCAGCGUUUUCAGGAGUAUCCGUUUGAUCGUCACUUUCGGUCUUUGGGACUUCGGAGCGGUUCCCCAGCUUCUCGUCUGAGUCCUUUACUGUUUCUCUCAAUGGUGUCUCCCCAGUAUUGGAAGAUUCUGCAAGCUCCAGAUUUACCACCUUGACAUGCUCCUCAGAUAUUUUGAGGGUCUUCUCGACUUCUUUAGUGAGAGCUUCCACCUCCCGGGAAAGUUUUUCGUCUUUCGAUUCCUCCGUCGUGGCAAGGGAUUUUCCUUUGCUUUCCGCUUCACUGUCUCUUUCCACGAGAUCUCCCGUUACUUCCCAUAGAGCUUCUAGCUCGUC